AUGGACAAGUGCUCCAUCGCUUACACGGAGAAGCAGCUCAUAAUCGACAUCGAGCGCGGCGUCGGCGCGAACCCCAAGAUCAGAUUGCUGUCACUCGCCGUCUCGAACGGCUUCACCGUGACGAAGACACAGGAGAACAAGCCCACACGCAGCACAGGCGAAGAAGCCUCGCCGUCGCCGGAGCUCCAACAUGAGUACUCCAUCGCCAUACCGCCGCACUCGGCCCUGCUGUUCCCAUGCCAGCGCGCGACCACCAUCGACGCAGCUUCAGACUGCCAGGUACUAGUGAGGCAUCUGAUCGUGCUGGACGGCACCUGGGCGAAGGCGCACCGGAUGUACCAUGAGAACCCAUGGCUGCAGCUCGUGCCGCACGUGAAGGUGGAAGCAGAUAGGGUCAGCCUAUACGGCGAGGUGAGGCAUGAGCCGACGGCCGGGUGCCUGUCGACCAUCGAGAGCAUCGUCGUCGCCAUGAAGCAGCUCGGGGAGGACGAGACGGAGUUGGAUCGUGUCCUCGCCGUCUUCGAGUCCAUGAUCGCCGACCAGCGGCGCUGCAAGGAUGAGAACUGGAAACCAAAGCUCGAGUCAUAG